AUGAAUCCACCCCCAUACGAGUUUAACUUAGAGGAACUCCAAAAACAAUGGGAUUUGGAUGAAUCUUUACUCAAACACCAACAACAGUUACUUGAAGAGUUACAAGCUGCAAGUAAUCGAUCCCAUAAGAGGACAUACAUAAAGAGAAACCAUGAAGCUGCCCAUCAAAGGCUGAUGAAAGACUACUUUGUCGAAUCUCCCACAUACACCGACCACCAAUUUCGUCGGAGAUACCGAAUGCAACGACCACUAUUUCUACGAAUUGUAGAUUCUCUCUCAAAUUAUGACACGUAUUUCACUCAGAGGAGAAAUAGUGCUGGAAAGCGUGGUUUAUCGCCAAUUCAAAAGUGUAUUGCUGCUAUACGCAUGUUAGCAUAUGGUGUUGCAGCUGAUGCUUGUGACGAAUACGUAAAGAUUGGAGAAACCACUGAAGUAGAGUGUGUCGGCAAGUUUUGUGAAGGUAUUGUGGUCAUAUUUGAGAAUGACUAUUUGAGAAGGCCGAAUGAGGAAGACCUCCAACGACUACUAAAAGUAGGCGAAGAACGCGGUUUUCCGGGGAUGAUUGGAAGUAUUGAUUGCAUGCAUUGGCAAUGGAAAAAUUGUCCUAAGGCUUGGCAAAGUCAAUUUACCAGUGGACAUAAAGGCACAACAACAGUAAUACUCGAAGCAGUUGCUUCUUAUGACUUGUGGAUAUGGCAUGCCUUUUUUGGAUUGCCAGGUACAUUGAAUGAUAUAAAUGUGCUUGAAAGGUCACAUGUCUUUGAUGACAUUGAGGCAGGUGAAGCUCCGCAUGUGAACUUCACUGUGAAUGGUCAUCAAUACAAUUUGGCAUACUAUCUUGCUGACGGAAUAUAUCCCAAAUGGCCUGUCUUUGUCCAAUCACUUCAAUAUCCCCAAGGCGAAAAAGCGAAAUUGUUUGUAAAACAACAAGAAUCUUGUAGGAAGGAUGUGGAACGUGCAUUUGGGGUUCUCCAAGCACGUUUUGCUAUAAUUCGUCAACCAGCUAGAAUGUGGGAUUUGAAUGUCUUAUCAAAAAUUAUGAGAGCGUGUAUUAUUUUACACAAUAUGAUAGUGGAGGAUGAACGAGAUACUUAUAGUCGAAACUGGGAGAACGUUGACUUUGAACCAUCAAGCAUUGCUAGCUCGAGCUCAUCAUUUGAUUACCAAACACAAACGUUACCUCAGUUUGAAGUGCAUGUUCAAGGUAGGUCCGAAUCAGAUAUUCAUACUAGAUCUGAACUCCGAGAUAGGGCCAAACAUCUUCAAUUGAAGGAGGAUCUUGUCGAGCACAUUUGGCAAAAGUUUGGAGCAACCGCAAUUUAAUUUUCA